GGAGGCCUUUUUCUGGACAUCUCUCUCUCUCGCUCUCUCGCUCUCCCGCUCUCUCUCUUGUUCAUGUUCAUGUGCUUCGCUCAUUGAAGCGUCCAUUUCCCGAAAACUGAACUCUCUCAAUCUUCUCCGCAAUUCUACCUUCCUCUGUAACUGUUUCUGAACCCAGCGAUUGCUUGAUCCGUCUCUCCCUCCGGAGAAUUUUCUUUCGAAUUCGUAAAGUCACUGUAGAAUCUCAGCAUAUACAUGUACGUGCGAUUUGACGAGUAUCCACAGAGACACUGUUGAAUUCCUCGAUCGUUUCAAGUUUCUUCCGAAGAUAAUCGUCGUCGAGUACCAAAAAUGGUGGGAAACGACUGGGUGAAUAGUUACCUGGAGGCGAUCCUCGCCGCCGAACCAGGGAUCGGCGACUCGAAAUCGUCGCUCCUGCUAAGAGAACGUGGUCAUUUCAGUCCGACUCGGUACUUCGUCGAGGAGGUCAUCACAGGCUUCGAUGAGACUGAUCUCCACCGUUCCUGGAUUCAGGCUGCGGCUACGAGGAGUCCGCAGGAGAGGAACACGAGAUUGGAGAAUUUGUGCUGGAGGAUUUGGAAUUUGGCUCGCCAGAAGAAACAGAUUGAAGGAAAGUAUGCUAAGCGUGCUGCUAAACGUCAUCUCGAGCGUGAAAGAGCACGUAGGGAGGCAACCGCGGAUAUGUCUGAAGAUUUAUCCGAUAGAGAAAAAGCAGAUGUGCCUGGUGAUAUUCCAAUUCAUGGUGACAACACCAAAGGAAGAAUGCCUAGGAUCAGUUCUGUUGAUGUGUUUGAGAACUGGGUUGCUCAACACAAGGAAAAGAAGCUUUACAUUGUGUUAAUAAGUCUUCAUGGGUUGAUACGGGGUGAAAAUAUGGAACUUGGUCGGGAUUCUGAUACUGGUGGCCAGGUGAAGUAUGUUGUGGAACUUGCAAGGGCUUUGGGUUCAAUGCCAGGAGUCUAUCGGGUUGAUUUGUUGACCAGGCAAGUAUCAGCACCAGAUGUGGAUUGGAGCUAUGCUGAACCAACCGAGAUGCUGAAUCCUAGGAACACAGAUAACGCAGAGCAUGAGCAUGGCGAGAGUAGUGGCGCUUAUAUUAUUCGCAUACCUUUUGGUCCAAAAGACAAAUAUGUACCAAAAGAGCUCCUUUGGCCCCACAUCCCUGAAUUUGUUGACAGGGCACUUAGCCAUAUUAUGGAGAUGUCCAAAGUUCUUGGUGAGCAAAACGGUGGUGGCCAACCGCUCUGGCCUGUGGCUAUUCACGGACACUAUGCAGAUGCUGGCGAUUCUGCUGCUCUUCUCUCUGGGGCUCUAAAUGUACCAAUGGUCUUUACCGGACAUUCUCUGGGACGUGAUAAGCUCGAACAACUCCUGAAACAAGGGCGACCAAAGGAAGAAAUAAAUACUACCUACAAAAUAAUGCGACGGAUAGAAGCAGAGGAACUAUGUCUUGAUGCCUCUGAAAUUAUUAUAACUAGCACAAGGCAAGAGAUAGAAGAGCAAUGGCGCCUUUAUGAUGGUUUUGAUCUGGUUUUGGAGCGGAAACUAAGAGCUAGGAUGAAAAGAGGUGUGAGCUGUCAUGGCAGAUUUAUGCCUCGCAUGUUUGCCAUUCCUCCGGGGAUGGAAUUUCAUCAUAUUGUGCCACAUGAUGUUGAUAUGGAUGGCGAAGGAGCAAGGGACGAGGAAGAAGCACAAUCUCCUGAUCCACCAAUUUGGUCUGAGAUUAUGCGCUUCUUUUCUAACCCACGCAAGCCUAUGAUAUUAGCUCUUGCUCGGCCGGACCCUAAAAAGAACUUGGUGACUCUAGUGAAAGCCUUUGGAGAAUGCCGCCCAUUAAGGGAGCUUGCUAACCUUACAUUGAUAAUGGGGAACAGAGAUGACAUUGACGAACUGUCCACAACCAAUUCCUCAGUGCUGCUUUCGAUUCUGAAACUUAUAGACAAAUAUGAUCUCUAUGGUCAAGUGGCAAUACCUAAGCAUCACAAACAAUCUGAUGUGCCGGAUAUUUACCGCUUAGCAGCUAAAACGAAGGGUGUGUUUAUAAAUCCAGCUUUUAUCGAACCAUUCGGACUGACUUUAAUUGAGGCUGCGGCUCAUGGAUUGCCCAUUGUUGCAACAAAAAAUGGAGGGCCUGUCGACAUUCACCGGGUUCUUGACAACGGUCUUCUGGUUGACCCCCAUGACCAGCAGGCCACUGGUGAUGCUCUUCUGAAACUUGUUUCAGACAAACAACUGUGGGCAAGAUGCAGACAGAACGGCCUGAAGAACAUUCACCUGUUUUCAUGGCCUGAGCACUGCAGGAUGUACUUGGCCCGCAUAGCAACGUGCAAGCAAAGACAACCACAGUGGCAGAGAAUUGACUUUGAAAACUCCGACACAGAUUCACCUGGUGAUUCCCUUAGAGACAUACAAGACAUCUCUCUGAAUCUAAAACUUUCCUUGGAUGGUGAGAAGGGUGGAGGUAUCGACGGUCUCGAUACUAAUUUAGACGCUGAAGACAGUGCUGCUGAACAAAAAGUGAAGCUAGCGAAAGCUGUUUCAACGUGGGCACAGAAGAGUGUGUCUACAGAGAAAACCAAUAGCAGAAUCCCGACCCUUAAAAGGCGGAAAUGUAUCUUCGUCAUCUCGGUGGACUGCCACAAAUCCUCGGAUCUUCUCGCGAUAAUCAAGACAGUCAUCGAUUUGGCGGGCAGAGGCGGCGGCUGGUCCAUAGGAUUUAUACUCUCAACUUCAAUGACCAUCUCCGAAACUCAUUCCGUAAUAAUUUCAGGAGGCUUGAAACCGCAGGACUUUGACGCUGUCAUAUGCAACAGCGGCAGUGAACUCUACUUCACAUCUUCAACUUCUGAUGACAAUUCUGUCCUUCCGUACGAAUUAGACGGAGAUUACCAUUCCCAUAUAGAGUACCGGUGGGGCGGACAGAGCCUGAGGAAGACUUUGGUCCGCUGGGCCGGUUCUGUUAACGAGAAGAAGCCAGAACAAGGAGGGAUUCUGUCAGAAGAUGAGCUGGCAUCGACAAACUUUUGUAUCUCCUUCAAAGUGAAAGACCCGAGUUUGGUUCCUCCAGUAAAGGAGCUCAAGAAGUUGAUGAGAAUCCAAGCCCUUCGUUGCAAUGUAGUUUAUUGCCAAAGUGGGGCCAGGCUGAACGUCAUCCCUGUCCUUGCUUCACGAUCUCAAGCUCUCAGGUACCUACUGGUGAGAUGGGGGGUGGACCUAUCAAACGUGGUGGUGUACGUGGGAGAAUCAGGGGACACCGACUACGAAGGGCUGCUGGGGGGAGUCCACAAGACAGUGGUACUGAAAGGAGUAGCCAAGGACGUGGGCAAGCUCCACGGCAGCAGAAGCUACCCUCUAGAAGACGUGACUCCACUCGACAGCCCCAACAUCACCGAAGCCGCCGACUGUGGCGUCGACUGUAUAAAGACGGCGCUUGACAAGCUCCGCAUCACCCUCCUCAAGUCUUGAGAGAGACUAUGUCACGACUUCUAUAUUGCUUUACAUCGUAUACGUAUACUAUGUUGCCCGACUUAUGUAUAGCGACAUUUUAUGAAAACGAUAUAUGAAAAUAUUGGCCAAAACUGGCCGACGUCGUUCCUCUUUA